GUGUCUGCAAAUGCUGCCGGUGGUUAAAGUUAAUAAUCUCGCCAAAUUUUCUGCAAUCCCCUGCGCCAUAUCCAGAUUGGAUUCGCCAGGAACGGCAAAUUGUGAAGAGGAGGAUUGCAUAUCAUUCCAAAAAUGGGGAACUCAGUGCUGUUUCAUAACUUGGUUGCAAUUGCGUUUUCGUUAUUUCUAGUAUACCCUGCCGGCACAAACGCUCUGGAAUAUCAGAAAGUCUCUCCCUUGAAAGCGAAAUGUGACCAUUCUGUGUAUCUGCAAUGUCCAAACAAGCACCAGACCAGCGCGGGAACGCUCAACCAUUCGCCAUUACCUAAUGAAUUUUGCGAGAUCACGUUGAAAACUAAUGGGUUCUGUGGAAAAUACGGGACGGAGUAUGCCAUAUACGUAAACAUUCGGAAGUCCAAUCUUCCGGAAAAUGCAAUAAUGGAAAUCUACGAUUUACGGCCAGAAAAGUCCCUGGCGAAAUCAUGGGGUGGUGGUGAGCUGAGCAGCGAGACCGGCAGCGGCUCCGUGGGUCAAGUGCGAUCAUCGUACGCUCGCCAACCUGAACUGUCCAUCGAGUAUACUCCGCCUAGGACGAACGCGAUUAGCCCCGAAUACGGAGUGACCUUUGAUUACAUCCUUGUCGACCGACAGAACAACUCGUAUGUCUCACCGUGCUACGCCUUGGAUGGCUACAUUCACAGCGAGUACCUCUGUGACAACACUGAUAAUCGGAUAAACUGUCCGGCAAAUUAUAAGGAUGCUGUUCAUGCUAUGAAACCGGCCAGUGGGCCACAAGACAACUGCGUCUCAGCUUCAAUGGAUGGAGGUGUCAUAGCCGGGAUUGUCAUUGGAUGUGUGUUUUUUGUCUUCAUAGUCGUUGGUAUUGCUAUGGUCAUCCUGCGUUAAUUAUCCUGUCACUUUUAACCGGCGAUAAUGCAGCAUCAGCAUUCAUGCUUGAAAAUACCAAACUUUUGAAAUUAAAAUUUUUGCAGUGUUUCAUAUCCUGUUCGCCAAAACAUGCAACGUUAGCUGUUUUUCGGUUUAAUGGGAGUUCAGUGUUGAUGUACAGUAUUCAUGAUCAUCAUAAAUGCCCUUGA